CUCUUUUCUACAAAAUUGUUUUGCUCUCUCUUCGUUUUUUUCCCUUCUUCUUCCCAACAGACUACCCGAUUUUGCAUCUGAAUUCAGAUCAAGAAAGAGAAGGAUUCAAUAUAAAUGGCAGCUAUUUACAGCCUUUACGUCAUCAAUAAAUCAGGAGGGCUUAUCUUCUGCAAGGAUUAUGGUUCUGCUGGAAAAAUGGACACAAAUGAUAGUUUGAGAUUGGCUAGUCUGUGGCAUUCUAUGCACGCUAUCUCUCAGCAGUUGUCCCCGGUUAAUGGCUGUGCUGGUAUCGAACUCCUUCAAGCUGAUACGUUUGAUCUCCAUUGCUUCCAAUCUCUUACCGGAACAAAAUUCUUUGUGGUCUGUGAGCCUGGAGCUCUACAUAUGGAGUCCCUCUUGAAGUAUAUCUAUGAAUUAUACACUGAUUACGUCUUGAAGAACCCUUUCUAUGAAAUGGAAAUGCCAAUUCGGUGUGAGCUCUUUGACAUAAAUUUAUCACAGGCAGUUCAGAAAGAUCGUGUUGCUUUGUUAGGGAGAUGAGCU